AGCGAUACCACCCGCACCCCGGCCGCACCCUCUCCCCUUUCCCCGGCAGUGCAGGAGAGCGGGGCGCCACGGCUUGGGGGCGCCGGGCCCUCAGAAGGGCGCCGUCUCCUCAGCUCGACAGGAGGAAGCAGGGCCCGCGUCCAGCCUUGGGCGGGAGUUUCACUUCUGCAGCCAGCGCGGGAGCCGAACUUCCCCCAGCGGACGGAGCGGGACCCGCGCGAGGGGGCGGGCGGGGGCUGCAGCGGCAGGUCGGCGCUUCCGCGGUGGCGGUGGCUGAAGAGGGGGCGUCUCUGCAGCUGGGGCCGGAGCGACGCGGCUGGCUGAGCGCGCCCCCGGGCUCCACCUGCCCUGCGGAGACGGAGGCAACGGGCCGCGGCCCGCGGCGGGACGAUGACCAGCCCCUCAGAAAAUACAAAGGACAUUCUGGUGAUUUAUGAAGAAGAGGCAGAAGAAUGGGCUCUGUAUUUAAAAUCGCUUUUCAAACACAUUAUAAAGGAACAAGGAAUCUUACUUUACAACCUAGAAACUUUGUCUAUUCAGCAUCUAGAGUCACUCUCUCUAUCCUGUUAUAGAUGUAAACUGCUCAUACUAUCAAAUGGACUUCUAAAAUGCCUGAAUCAAAAGAGAAGAUAUUUCCUGGACAGGGUCCUUGAGCCUUCCGGUAGGGUGGUGAUUCUACUUUGUGGGGUGGAGAACUCAGACGUUCUACAUGAGAUACUGACCUUAGACCAAAGCAGCCAAGAGAUCUCCACCGAUCAGGAUCCCGAGGAAUACCUCUCCAUUGUUGCUGGCGUUAUUCAACAAGACGAACCACAGAAUGAAGAAGCCAAAGAGUCACUGUCUUGCAUCUAUGAAACAGUUCUUGCGGAUGAUUACCAAAAUAACUCUGAAGUUAACUUGCAGUUGAAUGAAGGAGGAGUAUCAGUGAAAACAGAUGUGAGUUUGGAAACUGAAGUCGUUUCUGAAACGUUGGAAACUACAAGACCAUCAGUAUUGGUGCUACCAGAAAGGAUAUCCUGUGAGAACCCUGGUGAAAUAUUCAUUCUUUUGAGAGAUGAAAUAACGGAAACUGUAGAAAUUGAAUUCAUAACAGACAAUCAACGAAUUAGGAAACAGCCAGCCUUUUGGAAUCAGAAGGUCAGAUGCAUGAAAGCUUUAGAUUUUCCUGCUGGCCCUGUAAAUGUAAAUGUCUACUGUGGGGGAGUCAUUAAGGCCAUGACACAGAUUGAAUACUGCACAGCAGUAGAGGAGAUUGAACGCAUAUUUAAAAAAGUGGCUGAUCCAAUAGCUUUUGCUUGUCAGGCUUUCAAGUUUUCUUCUGUGGAGAAGCUUGACAAUACUCUGACCUUCUUAUUGAAAAGCAAUGUGUCUGCUUAUGAAUUCAGCGCUUUCCCGAAUGAAGUGCACCAUCAACAAGCUAAUUCCUAUUGGGAAGAGCUUCCUACACUUCUCCAUUGUGCAGCUAAAUUUGGAUUAAAGAACCUUGCUACUCUUUUACUCCAGUGCCCUGAGGCAAGUCAGGCUUGCAGAAUAACCAACAAACAUGGAGAGAACCCAGCACAUAUUGCUGGAAAGCACGGGCACAAUGAACUCCAAAAAAUCAUUCAAGAAUUGUCAAUUAAUACAACCGAUAAUGAAGACAGUGAUCAGGAGGAGGAGGAGGAAGAUGGAAUUUAUGUGGCCAUGCUGAGCUCAGGCCCUCACAUUACCUCUCCAUUAACAGAUAGACAGAGCACAGGAGACCAGUGUGGAGUCAGACAGAAAGCCUGGGAGGAAUCAGGCAAGAAGGAAGAGGACAAGGAGGAAGAAAAGGAAGAGGAAGCUGAAGAAGUCAAUGAAGUGGAAGAAAAGAAAGACGAAGAAAAUAAUUUAGAGGAAAAGUCAUGCAGCUUUGAUGACGACAAUGACAAUUUAUAUGCCAGCAUACCUGAUGACGAUCCUGAAGUGGGUGGAAGAGACUCUUUUUUCCUGGACAAGCCACCCCUACCUCCUCGAGAUCCAUCUACCACUAUAAAACAAGAUUAUAUUCACUACUUUUCACAAGCAAGGAAAUGGGUAGAAGAUAGAAAGGAAAGAGACGUGACUUCUGGUCAUCUGGAAGUAUAUGGUGAAGAAGAUAAAUCUGAGGAGGAUGAAGAGGAUCCAUAUACUUUUGCCGAGUUGGAUGACAGUGUGUAUGAUAUGAUACUGGCCUCUGAUGAGGAGAAAAGAAAGCAACACGGAUCCUUUAUUAUAAACCGGCCACCAGCACCUGCCCCUCGUCCCUUGUGUUCCCCUAAAGAAGAGAACACUCCCUACAUAGUACAAGUGUUUCAGCAAAAGACCACCAGCACUCAGAGUGAUAAUGAGAAGAUGUACUAUGCUUUCAGGAAGCAAGACAGAGUUCGAACGGACAGUACCACCUAUACCACUUUGAGACACAGCAUCCCUUCUGGACAGGAAGAACUGAUCCUUUUGCAGGAAAAGGUGAAGAAGGGAACAAUUACUGUGGAUGAAGCACUUGAGAAAUUUAAACAAUGGCAGAAUGAAAAAAGCAGUUUAGAAGUCACACAGCAGGAAAAAGUACGCCAGCUCAGAGAUAGCAUUAUUGGGAAAAGACCAGAAGAAGAAAUUUUGUAUGACAAAAUCACCAUUGAACAUCAUCCAAAUGUCCCCAACUCGAAGCCCACCAGAAAAGGAACAGAUGCCUAAAGAUAAUUAAUGGAGUGCACUUCUUCAUUCUGUCUUGCAUCAGCUGCCUCUGUUCAGCAUCCCACACACGUAUCCAAUCUACAUCUUGACUUACGCUCAAUCUACUGCACAUAUUGCUAAGAAAAUGACCAUGCUCUCAUCACUGCAGUUUCUGCACCUUGGAAUCAUAUGGUUCGGGCGAUCCUGGCAAAAGUCCAGCAUUGCUGAAGAAAGCAGUAAUAAAAAUUUCUUGUCAAGUCAGCACUAGAUUUUACACUCUUUCCUUGCUGUUUAUUUCAGUUGAUUCUCUAAAUGUGAGGUUAAGAAAAAAACUGUGCCUUGUUUUGUGUACCAUAUUUUAUACUCAUUUCAACUUUGCUACAAAACUGUUAGAGAAGUGCAACUAAAAAGUGCCACUAAAAAGUUAAAUAAGAUGCUUGAUUUAAAUGGACUCACAUGCACACAACUGGUGAAGUUAUAAAUACAGAGAAGUUGUAUGUUUUCCUUUCUAUUGUUUAAAACUUUUUUAUACACAUUUGUAAUGUCUGUUUAUACAGGAAACUUGCCUCUUUUGCCAGGAGGGAUGGCUGUAUUCUAAUUAGAGCUACUUUCUAACGGCCAUCAAACUGUAUCUUUGUAAAUUAAAUUUGGAUGUAAAUCAGCGCAAGUUAUCUGCAGCUAUAAGCAUGAUUACAAAAAAUAAUGUUUACAGGGCAGGUUUGUGUUUGUUUGUGUGUGUAUGUAUGUUUAAUAGCAUGGCUAGGGUAAACUAUAAACACAGAGCCAGGCUCUAACCUCUGUUAAACCCAUGCAACCCCAGUAAGACAUAUGCAGUGAUAGGCAUAACCAAGCAGAAUUUGACUCAAAUUGUGGUCUGCAUUCACAUAGCGACUCUGAGAUUUAAGUGAGCACCCUCAGUUGUGCAGAAAAACUUACAAGAUUUGAAGAAAUGACCCUUCUUAUCCACACAAGGGAAAUGUACAAGUAUGUAUAUGCAAUUUACAGUCUAGCCAGUACUGUAUCCUGUAGAUAGCACUCACACAAUGCUAGAACUGAUUGAAGUGUUUGUUGCCAGCAAUUUAGUAGUUGGAUUUUCUAUUUGAGAACAAGUUUUUAGAUCAUGAAUUUUACCAAUAUUUUGGUUAUUCAUUAUUGAUUGGCAAAUAAUUUUCCUCAACACAUUUAGGCCUGUGCAUUGUUCAUGCACUGUUCAUAGUGGGCCAUAUCAGACAUUCAGAAUUCUCAAUCUGCCCUUUUAGCUAUGUAAUUAGGCAACUAAGUCAUCUGAUAUGGUUUGUGUUCCCUGACUGGAUGAUCUAAUGUAAGCAUUUCCAGUGUGAAUAUUCUUGUUAAUGCACAAGCACCUGAAUAUGUUUGAAUAAAAGUUCCUCCCUGAACCAAAUACCAAUGUCUAUGGAAAAGAAAAAAGAAAAGGCUCUGACCAUGGUCAGAUUGAGGCACGAUUCAGGUGAGUGAACAUGUUCACUAAGACUUUUUCUUGCUAUUUGCCCUGAUUUAUCAGAGUUAUUUGUGACAAGAAAGCAAACUGUUGCAAACAGAGAUGAUCUGAGGAGCCAGUGUUUGGAUCUGGCUUAGAUUUAAAGUAGAGUUCAGGUCUGGAUUUGACACCAACAAAAUCUUACGAGGUAUUCUCAUGAAGUUGUCUCCCACACCUGUAUAAUUUUAAGGUGAUUAGGGCUGGUUGAAAAUUUUCUGUUGAAACCAUUUCACCAUAGAAAAUAGGGUUUUUGGCUAAAUGUAAUUUUUUGUGAAAAGUGUCUGCUUUCUGUAGCAAAUUUCUCAUUUUCAUUAAAAUCCAAAACCUGAAAA